CAGCCAGUACCUCAAACAACUUGUUCUCAAGCGCAGAGAUCUUACCAAUGAGAAGUGUUUGAACCGCGCCGACUUUCCCCAGCUGAGGGGAUUCCAUAAUUAUGUCGUCAACACCAACAAUGCUAUGUUCACCGCCCACAUCAUCGUAGCGUUUUAUUGAGCUGUUUGGUUUUAUCGCCCCACUGUCAGGUACGCAUUCCAUCCAACUUCGUCGACCCAAUCUUCCCGUCUUUGGCAGACCAGUUCAACCAAGAACCUUUCUGUUUGUCACUAUGUCCUCGAACUCGAGCAUCAAACGCGAUGGCUUCACCUCCGAAUAUGGCCGGUUCUGCACCGUGCGCGGUCGUAUCCAGCGACAAGACGGCGCCUCUCUCCGAUCUAUGUUCUUGCCCAAACUCACCCCUGCAGGUCAGAGAACCCUGCGAGACCACCGAGACUUUGUUCGCGGACAGUUACAGCACUACGACGUGGCUUUUGAAGAGCCCCAGUUCACUGGCAACGGAACACAGCUGAUGAAGAAAGCCCUCCAGGCGGGGAAAUGCGACACGGUACCCCCGCAUAUCCUGGAGAUGGAGAUGCAGAUGCACCGUGACUGGCUUGAUACUUGUACAAUAGAGCAACUGUCUCAUGACCCUCAAUGGAUCAUAGAGAAGCACUUUGGGAGUGCCCGGCAGCCGGACCGCACAAUCACCACCACCGUUCUCGGGGUUCCGUUCCCCUGGUCCAGUGAGUAUCGGGUGAGUCUGAUACAGAAUGCUGCUAGCAAAGUGGCAGGACUGCAUCAUGAGAUAGGGCAGGGGCCGAGUACGAAGACGGUAUUCGUGGGCUGGGAUAAGGCUGCGGGAUAUGCUGCGAAGAAGAAAAAAGAGCUUCAGGCUGCGAAAAAGGAACGAGAGACUGAGCGUGCAAAGUCACAUGCAGACUACCGCCGCCAGGCUCGAAAGGUGGCAUCACCCGUCGGGAGCUACAUGAUUGAUUGCAGAGAAAUUGAAGAGCAGUGGCCUGAUCAGGCGGAGGAUCUAUAUCUUGAUAUCGACGCCACUGGUGAGCCUGGCGUUUUCAAGGCAGAGUUUGACUUUGGUGUCUUGGAAGGCGUGAUGAUCCUCUGUGCCGACAAGGCCAUACUAGAACGGUACUGUUCUCAGGGGGAUGAACCUAGCGAAGAUGAAUAUGAAUGGGACGAGGAAAGCUUGGAGGAGGAUGUUUUCGAGGAUGAAAAGCCCAAAGUAGGGUCCAAGAGAAAGGCGCCUGCUCCUCAACGUGGCGGCGGAUCAAAGAAAUCCAAGAACACCCCGGCCCGUACCUUUCUAGUGAAAAUGAGGGGUCGUGAGACUGGUGAGGGUGAGAUCAUGGACGUAUCGAAGAAUGGCACCAUCACAUUCAAGGAUGGCCAGUUUGCCAGCUUCAUGGGCAAGGCUGACAUGGCCUUGGUCGGUACGGGAGUGGUCUUUACUGCACGGAAGGUGUCCGAUACAUCAAGCUCACAGGGGGCGGAAUGGGCGGACUAUUCGGGGAGACAGCAUGAGAGGGAACGAGUCAGCAGGUGGCACUGAUUUAAGCUGAUGAGCUAGUACUCUCUUCAUUGGCUGUCAGUUUUUGUUCUCUCCUUACAGUCACAUCGAUAUGCUUGAUGAAUGAUGAUCAUGUUUUGGUCUCAAGCCUUGGUACCAGGUCAUU